UAGCACCAUGGAAAGCAAACACUUCAAUAAUGUCUACCACACACUUGCUAAUAUUGCUACUUGGAGUUGUGGCUCUCGCCACUCCCUCUUUUGGUACCUAUGAGUCUCCCAACUAUGGGAAGCCCCCUACUCCUGUUUAUAAACCUCCUAAGGUGAAACCCCCACCUUAUGAACAUAAGCCCCCUGUCUAUGAACCACCAAAGAAGGAAAAGCCUGAGCCUAAGCCACCAGUUUAUACACCUCCAAAGAAAGAGAAGCCUGAACCCAAACCACCAGUAUAUGAACCUCCAAAGAAGGAAAAGCCUGAGCCUAAGCCACCAGUUUAUACACCACCAAAGAAAGAGAAGCCUGAGCCCAAACCACCAGUAUAUGAACCUCCAAAGAAGGAAAAGCCUGAACCUAAGCCACCAGUUUAUACACCACCAAAGAAAGAGAAGCCUGAGCCCAAACCACCAGUAUAUGAACCCCCAAAGAAGGAAAAGCCUGAGCCUAAGCCACCAGUUUAUACACCACCAAAGAAAGAGCAGCCUGAGCCCAAACCACCAGUGUAUGGACCACCAAAGAAGGAGAAGCCACCGGCUUAUAAGCCUCCAAAGAAACCACCAGUGUAUGAGCCUAAGCCACCAAAGCCACCGGUUUACACGCCACCAAAGAAAGAGAAGCCCGAACCUAAACCACCAGUACAUGAGUCUCCCAAGAAACCACCGUAUGGUCACUAUCCAGGACACCCUCCAUUGGGGAAGCCUCAAUAGAGAGAUUCCAUCGGCUAGCAAUCCCAAGAACCGAGCUGUUAUGACUAGCUAAAUAGAUAAAUUAGUAUCCAUGCAAUAAGAGCUGCUUAAUACUCAUGUUCUGUUUUCUUGUAUGUUAUGUAUUAAUGUUUUCUUUUACUAGCGAGAGUGCUUAUGGCAGUACUCAUUGGAAUGCCUAUUUUAUGUCUUCUUAUUUCUCAAUGAGCAAUAUCUUUCAACACAAA